GUAGUACAGAAGCUCAUUUGCACUCAAAUCCAAGAGAACAGGAAAACUGUGUCAAAUAUUUCUGGGGGAAAUUUCCGAGUACAAAUAGGUCAAGUUGAUUUUGUCGAGAGACAAUUGCUGAACUGAAUUGCCUAUAAAUUUCAAGUCUCAAAAUGUCCUACAAUUGCCCGGUUCAUGAUAAGGACUCCAGUGCCUUAACCAUUACCAGGUCGCCAAACUCGGACGACGCCAAGAUCGCCAUGUGCUCCUGCUUGGAGUUGGCCAACUGUCAGGCUGAAAACUGCCAGCUGAAGCAGAAACUGAUCGAGUACCAGGCCAAGAUCUGCAGUCUGGAGCAGCUGGUGUCCACCAUUGCGGAGGAGCAGCACCAGAUCCUCAAAGAAGUGGUCGAGUUGCGCAAAGAGACUCGCGCUGCGCGGAUGGAAACCGAUGGAAACGAGGUGGAACCUUCGGCCAACCCAUCCGUGGUGCAUCAGGACGAUAUCGAGGAUGAGGAUGGAAACAACCCGGAUUCUGAAUCGGAGGACGACGGUCUCCGGUCUCCCGUCCUCUCAACACAUUCUUCGAUGGCUUCGCUGGUUUCUUUGAGUUUCUCAUCCACAAGCUCCUUGGAGCAGAACAUAUUUCAUAAUAGCUCAGAUUCUGAUUACCUUCCAGAUUUUCAUAUCGAUAAUGAGGAGAAUUCGGAAACCCAUCUCAUUCAUUACUUUUCCGAUUCCGAUGGCGAACUAUAAGCCCUCUCGCAUAUGUACAUAUACGCAAAUGCUAAAAUAAAUAGUUCCUUGUGCAUCAUAUAGUA